UGCAGCACCAGGAGACAGAAGGAGGAGGACUGGUGAGGGGAGACACUUGAGGCGAGACACCGGCAAGACACACCCUCACAGAGCCUCGUCCCGGGUAACUUCCAAUUCUCCUGACGAUCGUGCGGAGCGACAACUACACUAAAGAUGCAGCAACGAUGGCUCGUGCUGGCGGCAGUGGCACUAUCUUGGCUAGUCUCCUGCCAAGCACUAUUCGUGGAGCCCGUGCUGGCCCUCGGGGCCUUAGCAAUACUUAAGGGCGCCGCCAUCGCGGGCUUCAAGUUCGGUCGCUCCACCAGCGGGGGCCAUCACGGGGAUUACAGGCCCCGCCCAUACUACAAUCGCCACCGCUGGGGUCGCGCCGCCGGGAAUGAUCCCCGUCAGGUGGACGACGUCUUGCUGAGCAGCGUGACACAGAUGGACCCUGACGGCUGCCUCCUCAAACUGCUGUGCCUGGCCAGGGCCACGCCGGCAGCAGCCCGCACCCCCUACCAAGCCUCCCUUGUGCACCUGUUCGCUGACAUCACGCAAGCCCCAACGCCCGCCGGCAUCCCCUUCGUGCAGGCCCUGCACACAGGCAGCGCGGCAGGCAAGGCUACGGCAGCCUGCCAGGCCAGUCAUUCCAGCUGCCCACUCUCUGAGGCCAUCCUGCACGGCAUGCUAGUGCAGGCGUGGGGCGCCGCCGACCAACAGCAGACCACACCCACGGCCACGCCUGCCUUAUGAGGCCGCUACGUUGCUGACUCUCUCUCACACACACACACACAUACAUGAGCAACAGCCACCACUCUUUGUACACGUAGUUUAAUUUUGUUAAAUAACUACAUCCACAUACCUGUCAGGCUACUGUGGUGUCUUGCCAUAAGAUUUUGCGUUAGAGACCAUAAGUUUGUGUAUAAAACGGUAAUUAAACCAUACGAAAACCAUAUUUUUUUGUCAUUCAAUAUUUAUUUGUUUCAAAACAAAUGCAGAAUGAAAACACAAUGUAAACACAUGACACUGUAUGAACACCACAUAAUGAAAAACAGUACUGUUUACAUUACAGUGAUUUUCAAAGUGUGUGCCGCGGCACACUCGUGUGCCGCCAUUAUCUCCUUGGUGUGCCUCGAAAAUUUGGGUGGGAUUUUGAUUUGUGUACAUAAUCUAAUGAAACUACUGUAAAGUGUAAUUUAUAUUCAUCAAG